UCCUGUCUGGUGUCAGAUUUCUCGUGAUUCAAGCCAGCUAACUGAGAACAAGCGACGGCCUUCUCUAAUCUUUCAUUGAAAAAAGGCGAAGGCGAGACGAAAACACCAAUAGAUUGACACCGCCAGAAUGAUCCACAGCCUGUUCCUCGUGAACUCCUCGGGGGACAUUUUCCUGGAGAAGCACUGGAAGAGCGUUGUCAGCCGCUCCGUGUGCGACUACUUUUUCGAGGCGCAAGAGCGCGCCAGCGAGCCGGAGAACGUGCCCCCAGUCAUCCCGACCCCCCACCACUACCUAAUCAGUGUGCUAAGGCACCGCAUUUACUUUGUGGCUGUUAUCCAGAGCGAGGUGCCGCCGCUCUUUGUCAUUGAGUUCUUACACAGGGUGGUUGAUACAUUCCAGGACUACUUUGGGGUGUGCACGGAGGCAGCAAUCAAGGACAAUGUGGUGGUAGUAUAUGAGCUACUAGAGGAGAUGCUGGACAAUGGUUUCCCCCUGGCCACAGAGUCCAAUAUCCUCAAAGAGCUCAUCAAGCCGCCCACCAUCCUGCGCACAGUGGUCAACACCAUCACAGGCAGCACCAAUGUAGGGGAGCAGCUCCCUACUGGCCAGUUGUCUGUGGUGCCAUGGCGACGCACUGGAGUGAAGUAUACCAACAACGAGGCCUACUUUGAUGUAGUGGAGGAGAUUGAUGCCAUAAUCGAUAAAUCAGGCUCCACUAUCACAGCAGAGAUCCAAGGGGUGAUUGAUGCCUGUGUGAAACUGACAGGCAUGCCUGACCUCACUCUCUCAUUCAUGAACCCUCGUCUGCUGGAUGAUGUGAGCUUCCACCCGUGUGUGAGGUUCAAGCGCUGGGAAGCGGAGAGGAUUCUCUCCUUCAUCCCCCCAGAUGGAAACUUCCGGCUGCUCUCCUACCAUGUCAGCUCCCAGAAUCUGGUGGCCAUCCCAGUGUACGUCAAGCACAACAUCACGUUCAGGGAGGGUAGUUCUCAGGGCCGCUUUGAGCUGACCCUGGGCCCCAAGCAGACCAUGGGGAAGGGAGUAGAGGCUGUUCUGGUCAGCAGCCAGCUGCCCCGCGGUGUUCUCAACACCAACCUCAACCCCACCCAGGGGACACACACCUUCGACCCCGUCACUAAGCUCCUGUCGUGGGACGUGGGUAAGAUCAACCCUCAGAAGCUGCCUAGUCUAAAGGGCUCUAUGAGCCUGCAGGCAGGGGCCUCCAAGCCAGACGAGAACCCCACCAUCAACAUCCAAUUCAAGAUCCAACAGUCGGCCCUCUCUGGACUGAAGGUGAAUCGGUUGGAUAUGUACGGGGAGAAGUACAAACCAUUCAAAGGCAUCAAGUACAUGACCAAAGCUGGCAAAUUCCAGGUCCGGACAUAGAGGCUUGGCUCGCCACUCUCUGGCCUCUGCACCACAACCACUACUAUACAACAGAUAGGAGGUGGUUUCAGAAGGGGGGGGCUGCUAUGGUACAUUCCCUGUGUAAAUGCAUUUCAGGAUUUAUCCUCACAAACUGUGGGCUCCGCUCUCUAACUGGACUACUACGGAAUGUAUGACACGACACAAAACCCCGUUUUUAAUGGAGUUGUUUGCACAGUCAAAUGUGUUAAGAGGUUACCAGUCAACGUAGCUACGGCUUUUGUAGCAGGCCUAAAAUGGGCAUCUCUGUUGUCAUUUCUGGUUCUCUUUCCAAGCUCUUUGCUAUCCUUUGAGUUCCUCUUGUGAGUGAGAAUGGCAGGCAAAACGGUUAAUGUGCUUCCCUCAGAUGUGUAACUACUGUCUACUGCUAGUACCCCCCUUUUCUCGUGCUUCAAUCCAUUCCUUAUAAUCAACAUUUCCCAGAGUUACUUCUGGUCAGGUCACAUGGCCAGGAAAAGCUCCUGGCGCUACUUCUAUUACAUUCCUAUGUUAUUCCUCAGUCCCCUUGGUAUUUUCUACCCUCACUUAUUCCAAAACUCCCUGUUUCCUGAAUUUUUCUUCUCAGUCCUCCCAACCAUAUUUCUGGAUUUGUCUGCCUGUCUGUCAUCAACACUGAAGUCAACACAUUAGAGUUUUGAGAAUGUGACAUGAAAUCCCUUGCCCUGAAUUAUGCACAACCAUAUUCAUUGUUCUCUCAACAGUUAAUACUGUAUGUAUAACCAUGUCCUUCCAUAUCAAAUCUAACGGUUGUAUUAUGCGGGUGAUAUGUUACUUCUUUUCUCUCUUUAUAUCAUGUAAGGUGUCAUGUUGAGCACUUUGCUGUGGCCUACCUGAAGAUUUGUCCACCUGAAUCCCUCUUGAUUACCUUUUUUUUUUAAAUGAUUAUUUAUUGACCAAUGAUUGAUCAGGGACUGAAUCCUGAUCCAAGCACAAUCCUAUACUGUAUAGCCCUAUUAUAUAAUGCAGCACAGAUUUAUCUUUAUUACUCUAUAGUGAAUUCUCUUUGUAGGUAUGUUCUCUAUACUGACUGACAUACUACAGUUUGACGAUAACGGUGGGUUACCCUAUCAAGAAUGUUAAAGGUUUGCGUUUGUGUUUACAGCUUUUGUUUGUGUGUCUGUCCAAAUGACUUCAAACUGAGUUUUACAAUGGUAUGAUAUUAAAGAUUUAAGAAUUGAUAUGAUA